AUGGAAGCACAAAUUCAGAAGAUACAAUUAAGAAGCAAUAAUCCAGUUAUCAGCAACAUCAAUAAUGAAAAAUAUGCAACAAUACAUGAACUAGCAACUAGAAGUAAUAGAAGUAACAUCAAUCAACCCAGAGAUAACAAACCACCAACAAGACAAUAUCCUGAGACUAGCAGAACACACACAAUGCAAACAACUAGCACAGAUUACAAUACAGAACAAGAAGAAGGUAACUAUCUAUCAACUUCAAUAAUCAAUAGCUUAAUCACAAAAAUCAAUUCAGAAAAUACCCUUUUGCGAGAGACAGAGUUAGAUGAUGUCAAAUCAGUGAAAUACAAAAUCAUUAACAGAAAAUUCUCUGUAUUGAGCUAUAUGUUAUUAAAACUAUUGUCAAACAUACAAGGUAUAACCAAUAAAGAGGCCAUUGCAACCGAACAAAUUCGAAGAUGA